CGGAGAGACCGGCGAGGGGGAGUGGGGGGCAGAGGGAGCGGACAGAAAGGCCCGGAAAGCGGGAGGCCCACGGCGAGCGUAGGAGGUGGGAUGGACGAUGGAAACGGCAAACAUCCAAUGGGGAACCGCGCGCUGCCGAGGAGGGAUGACGAUAAUGGGCUGCCGCGAGCCAAUGGGGCGUCUUGCCUGAAGCUAGUCUUGAAGAGAAGUUAGCACAGUUGAUACAUGACAGAACCCGGGCCAUGCAGGGCUUGGGGAAACCAGAAACUGAUGCUCUCGGUCGAUGCUUCUUCUGGGACUAUCAGAAGAAUAGUUUUUUUCCUCCAUUUUUUCCACCUGUCAAACAACCAUGGUGCCUUGAGGCUGAUCUUUCUUGCCGAGCUCACCUGCUAAGGAGAGACAGUCCAUGGGCCAGUGCUUAAAUAACGUAUAAAGCUCACAAAGCAUCAAGUUCUCAGAAGAAGCUCCCGUUCCCUGAACCUCCCUGUCAUUGCAUCUUCGAUUUUCAAACCCGUGACCAUCAGACUGGAGGAAACUUGGAGUUUUUCAUGGCUCAGCACCAUACAUGACCUCCACGCCAGCUCUAUGACAGUCGCACGUUGUGAGACUCCUCUGCUUCUCCAUUUUUUCCACCUGUCAAACAGCCAUGGUGACCUGAUAGCUCCGAAAGCACAGCGGUGAGGCUCAGAGGAGACCAUUUUUCAGACAAGUCCAGUGCCGUGUCAGGCACUCAAGAUCAAUGUCAGCCUUAAGAGGUGAUGGUGGACAUUCGGAAUCCCUAAUCUGUGGAAACUGGAACUUGUUGAGGUAGAAAGUGGUCAAGGCUCCAGAAGCAACAGACCAUGGUGCGCCUGACUGUGCUAGGGUCGGGGUCUCCAGGACUUCCUGACUUCCACAAGGAGGGGUGCUUCCAUGCCUGUGCCUGAUUGGGACCUUCUCAGAGGUGGCAAGGAGGGCUUUGGCUCGGAGCUCUGGGGUCCUAAGCCGGCUCUUAGACAAAGGCCCAAUGCCCAACCCCAGGCCCACCAAGCCUGCAGCCCCAUCACUGGUGCUCAACGCAUCCCCAGGAACUUCGCCCAGCUGGAGGGCAGCAACCAAGACCUCUGACCUGCUGGGGAGUAAGGGCCUGGCAGCUGCCUCCCAGGAACGGGACCUUCGAGGGGGGGCCCAUGCUGCCACCUGCUCCUCCUUGAACCCCAUGCCACCAUCACAGCUGCAGCUGCCUGCGGUUCCCCUAGUCAUGAUGGCCCCAUCCGGAGCCCGGCUGGGCACCUCGCCACACUUGCAGGCCCUCCUCCAGGACAGCCCACAGUUUCUGCACCAGCUGUCCACAGUGGAAUCUCAUGCCCGGACCCCGGUGCUGCAAGUACGCCCCCUCGACAGCCCAACUAUGAUCAGCCUCCCGCCACCAACUACUGCCACCAGCGUCUUCUCCCUCAAGACCCGACCUGGCCUGCCACCCGGAAUCAACGUGGCCAGCCUGGAGUGGGUGUCCAGGGAACCAGCAGUGCUGUGUACCUUCCCAGGCACCAGUGCACCAAGGAAGGACAGUACCCUCUCAGCCGGGCCCCAGGGCUCCUACUCACUGUUGGCCAAUGGUGUGUGCAAGUGGCCUGGAUGCGAGAAGGCCUUUGAGGAACCCGAGGACUUCCUCAAGCACUGUCAGACAGACCAUCUCCUGGAUGAGAAGGGCCGUGCGCAGUGUCUCCUUCAGCGUGAGGUGGUCCAGUCCCUGGAGCAGAAGCUGGUGCUGGAGAAGGAGAAGCUGGGAGCAAUGCAGGCCCACCUGGCCGGGAAGAUGACUCUGACCAAGGGAGCUUCUGUGGCUUCAGUUGACAAAGGCUCCUGCUGCAUUGUAGCUGCAGGAUCCCCAGGCACCACUAUCCCGGCCUGGCCCGGCCCCCACGAAGCCCCCAGUGGUCUGUUUGCUGUGCGGAGGCAUCUCUGGGGCAGUCAUGGAAAUAACACAUUCCCAGAGUUCUUCCACAACAUGGACUACUUCAAGUUUCACAACAUGCGGCCACCGUUCACCUACGCCACCCUCAUUCGCUGGGCCAUCCUGGAGUCUCCCCAGAAGCAGCGGACACUCAACGAGAUCUAUCACUGGUUCACACACAUGUUUGCCUUCUUCAGGAACCACCCAUCCACGUGGAAGAAUGCCAUCCGUCACAACCUGAGCCUGCACAAGUGCUUUGUGCGGGUAGAGAGCGAGAAGGGCGCGGUGUGGACGGUGGACGAGUUCGAGUUCCGGAAGAAGAGGAGCCAGCGGCCCAGCCGGUGCUCCAAUGCCACCCCUGGCCCCUGACCUCA